GGUUUGUUUGUGCCAAGAGUAGAAAGCAAAGAAGAAGAAAUCAGCACUUGCACCUCCUGAUAACUUCCUAGUUGUCAUGUUUGAGUUUUUUUAAACGAGUCGCUUAUUAAAAACUCAUCACGACUCUAUUGCCAUACAUCGUAGCGGAUAAUGAAAUGAGGGAAACCUAUUCUUUGGCUAAAGUAUUCCGGCUGAAAGACGACAAACUAGCAUAGUUAGCUCCCAGAGCUAACAGGUUAAGUUACCUGCUGAGUGGUUGGUGAUGGAGAGGCUAAUAUCCAAGCUCACCGAAAAGCAUGUGCUGUUCACGGCUUCCUUCGCGAUACGACUGGCCCUGGUCGCUUAUGGAGACUACCAGGAUAGGACCAUGGUGGUGAAGUACACUGACAUUGACUACCAUGUUUUCACAGAUGCUGCAAGAUUUAUCACUGAGGGACAGUCCCCCUACAACCGAUCAACGUACCGCUACACCCCUCUGCUGGCCUGGCUGCUCACCCCGAACGUCUUCCUCAGCAUGGUGUUUGGCAAGGUCCUCUUCGUUGUGUGUGACGUGCUGUCGGGACUGCUCAUCUACAGAAUCCUCCGGCUGAGAGGUCUGAACGCUGAGACUGCACGGCGGGUUUGUUCUCUGUGGCUGCUCAACCCACUGCCCAUGGGAGUGUCCAGCCGAGGGAAUGCGGAGGCAAUACUGGCAGCUCUGGUGCUGGGGACAUUGCUCUGUAUGGAAGCCCGGCACCUGAUGUGGGCAGGCGUGCUCUAUGGUUUGUCAGUGCAUAUGAAGAUCUACCCUGUUACGUAUGCUUUGCCCAUCGCUCUAUCGCUGCGCACAGCGGAGACCACGUCCGAGAAGGGCUGGAGGCGGUUGAUUAGGUUUACAGGAAGCUUCCUCAACAGGGAGCUGCUGCUCUUUACAUGUGUGGCCGGAGGAGUUUUCUGCUCGCUCACAGCCCUCUUCUACUACAUGUAUGGAUGGGAGUUCCUUCAUGAGACCUACUUCUACCAUCUGAUCAGAAGGGACAUCAGACACAAUUUCUCUCCAUACUUCUAUAUGCUCUACCUCACCACAGACAGCAGGUGGAGCCAGUGGCUUGGCCUGGCAGCAUUCCUGCCUCAGCUCGUCCUGCUGCUGGUAGCUUCAUGGUCCUUUCACUCUGAUCUGGCCUUCUGCUGCUUCCUGCACACCGCCAUCUUUGUCUCCUUCAACAAAGUCUGCACUUCACAGUACUUCCUGUGGUACCUGUGUCUUCUCCCUCUGGUCAUCCCUCACCUGAGUCUGUCGCUGAAACAGGGAGUGGGACUGCUCUUGCUCUGGUUUGCCGGACAGGGCAUCUGGUUGGGCCCAGCCUACUUUCUGGAGUUUGAGGGCUACAACACCUUCCUGUUGAUCUGGCUGGCUGGAUUACUCUUCUUGAUCAUCAAUUCCUUCAUCUUGAUUCAGAUCAUCGGCCAUUACAAACCGAAGCAAACUCCACAGAGACUGAAGGCUGAGUGACAUUCCAGUCCUUUUAGCUGAAGAUGACGGACUAUCAAUGUUAGAAAAUAAAGUCUAUAUUUUGUUUAUUCCCCCGUUUCUUUGCUACUUCUUGUAACUUAAAAAAUGUUAGGACUGAACAGAUACAUACAGUGCUAUUAUCUGAGCGGCUAAGUCCACUAUUUCAUUUCAGGCAUUCAGAGUUAAAACCAACACUUACAUCUUCUAUGAGACACAUAGGGCCAAAAACCGCUGCUGUACUGCUUCUCUUAAACUUUGAAGUAUUUCCUUCCUACUGUGGCUACACCACAUGAUAAAAGCAGAUGUUUUACAUUCACUGUUUAGGGCAAAAUACCAACCGUAGAUCAGAGAGCAUGCACAGCCCCUGCACAGUUUAACAACCACCACGUUAAACAGCUCUGCACCAAAAUACUUAACACACCCGUCAGAAGUUGCUAGUUGCUGUUGUCUGUGCCAUUUUGGGACU